AUGUCUGGCCUCAUCAACAAGAUCAAGGACGCUGUCCACUCUGACAAGCACGACAAGCACGACUCGCACGACUCCACUCACACCGGUUCCGAUGCGUACACCACUGGUACCCACGGCACCACCGGCAACCCCGGCAUCCACCACAACACUGAUGCCACCGGCACCCACGGCACCUCGACCUACGGCAACACCUCGACCAACGCCGGCCCUCAUGACAGCAACCUCGCCAACAAGGCCGACCCUCGCGUCGACUCUGACCGCGACCACCGCGGCACCGCUGGCGGUGUGACCGGCUCCACCGGCACCUACGGCAGCUCCACUACCCACGGUACCACCGGUACCCACGGUACCACCGGUACCCACGGCAGCACUGGCCUUGGCUCCUCCGGCUACGGCAACACCUCCACCAACGCCGGCCCUCACGACAGCAACAUUGCCAACAAGCUUGACCCCCGUGUCGACUCUGACCGUGACAACCGCGGUACCCACGGCACCUAUGGUAGCUCUACCACCCACGGUACCACCGGUACCCAUGGCAGCACUGGCCUUGGCUCCUCCGGCUACGGCAACACCUCGACCAAUGCCGGCCCUCACGACAGCAACCUCGCCAACAAGGCUGACCCCCGUGUCGACUCUGACCGCGACGGUUCCAAGACGGUCGGCCAGGACAAGACCUACGCCUCAGACAACAAGACGUCCUACGCACAGCGGGAUCCUACCGAUGCUGCCCAGGUUCCUCCCUCGGUGCUGCAGCAGACCAUUGGCGCUCCCCAGAUUGCCCACGACGACCACGGCCACGACCGGGCCCGCAGGAACAGCCAGGCUACGGCGCAGGAGAUCCACCGCGGACUGUAA